AUGAUAAACAGAUGUAAUAAUAUACAUAGCAGUGACCAGCGACUUACCUUCGUGAUGGGUCCGGUAGAGGGAGGUGUAUUUGUGUUCGAGCGAGGCGUACGUGGUCUAAACGCAGCCAUGCUCUGCGACACUCCAUCGGCCAGAAUGAAUUGCUCUCGGAGUUCGAUGUUGGUGCGGCCCUUGGCUGCAUGCGGGCGGCGUCCGAUGUGCAGGAUUACAAAUAUGGAUAGGAUUGGAGCGAGGGACGGGCGAAAAUAA